AUGGCAUCUAUUCAUCAGGUGAUUUUAGAUGGACGUUUGUCUCAAUUGAAUUUACUUAUUAAUAAAUUGGGCUGUAAUGUCAAUGAAAAAGAUCCAUAUGGACGAACACCACUUCAUUUAGCUGUUCUUUCCGAUCAAGAACGUUAUGGCUAUCGAGUAGCACGACUACUUCUUCAAGGAAGUGCCGAUAUAAAUGCAACUGAUUCUCAACAACAAACUCCGCUUGUUUAUGCAUGUUUAUUAAAUCGUGCAAAACUUGUUGCACUAUUUUUACGAACAAAAUCAAUUGAUUGGCGUCUUGUUGACCAUGAAAGUUAUUUAAUUGUACAUCACGCAGCAUCAUCAUCGCAAGCACCGAUUCUUUCAGCUAUUAUCAAUGAAAUGAAAUCAAUUGGACUUUCAAUGGAUUGUAAAACAGAGAUGGGCUAUACACCAUUAAUAUUAGCUAUAAAAUCAUCUCGAUUUGAUAAUGCCAUGUUUUUAAUUGAUCAUACCGAUGCAUCACCGUUUGCUAUCGACGAUGAAUAUCAUCUAACAUGUGAACAAUGGUUACAACAUGUGGAGCCAAAAUUAAAUGAAUGGGCUUAUUAUUAUCAAAGACGAAGUUUACCAAUUAGAAGAAAACCCAGUGAUAAAUGUGCACCAAAUUAUAAAUGUUUUUAUGGCGUUGAAUCUCCAUAUAAAUCUAGUAUGCUUGUAUGUAAUCAUCUUCAUGUUAAAUCAUUCGAAGAAUCUACUUAUACGCCAGCUAUACUCUCGCCACGUAAUGAAAAUAGGAAAAUGUUCUCAACAAAUUUUACGUCUGAACAACCGAAUAAUCCGAAAUUAUCUUAUCAAAUAUGGAUGCAACUUGUGCAAAGACUACGCGAUCGAACUUUAACAUCAAAUACUUCGCCCGAAGAACGAGCCAGCGCCGGUGGACGAUAUAGUCAUUCAGUAUCACAACAUACAAGUCCUUCGAUUGGAAUUCGGCGAGAAAAAACCUGGGCUGGACAAGAAUCAAUUUCGCCAUGGUAUAAUGCUACACUGAAUUCCAAUCGACAAGUUGUAUCAUUAAUCAAUCAUUAUUCAAAUAUGUUAUCUGCUGAAAACAAUGACAGAUUUAUGCAAGGAUUGAAUGAUCGACCGAAAAGUAUUCUACGUCCCAUAGGAUCACCAGCUAAAUUUCGAUUGACGAAAGAAGUUACAUUUGCGACAAAUUAA